AAUCAGAAAAAGCGAUUAAAUAUGGCAUUAAGGAGGGAGCGAGUGAGCUGAAAAGAAUUACGAGAGAAACAGAACGGGGGGAGAAGGCGAAGCAUGAAAAACUGGUCCUGCCGGACACCACCACCACCACCGUCAGCGCCGUCGUCUGCUACUCCGCAACCACCACCACAACAAUUGCUCCAACGACGUCGUUUCCCCGCUCCACCACUUGAAUGAAUGGGAAACUGCGGAACCAGAGAGGAAUCUGCCGUAGUUUCCAACGCCCAAGUUCAGCAGCUUCACCAUGCGGCGUCCUUGGGCGCCAGUGCGAGGAGUCAGAAUGCCGGUAGCGAGAAGAAGCACGGUCACGGUCACGGUCACGGUCACAGGCACAAUCUGAGUGAGUGCGCUUCGGAUCUGAGCGAAGCUUGUUCGACACCGCGAGGUAACAGUAGCAGCAACACGCACGUGAUAUCGUUCACGCUCUACGAGUUGGAGACCAUAACGAAGAGCUUCCGCGGAGACUACAUCCUCGGGGAGGGAGGGUUCGGCACCGUUUACAAAGGCUACAUUGAUGAGAACGUCAGAGUGGGACUCAAAUCGCUUCCUGUAGCGGUUAAGGUUCUGAACAAGGAAGGAUUACAAGGACAUCGAGAGUGGCUUACGGAGGUGAAUUUUUUGGGGCAGCUAAGGCAUCCUAAUCUGGUGAAGUUGAUUGGGUACUGCUGUGAAGAUGAUCACAGGCUGCUUGUGUACGAGUUCAUGUUCCGAGGAAGUUUGGAAAAUCACUUAUUCCGAAAGGCAACUGUCCCUUUAUCAUGGGCUACAAGAAUGAUGAUUGCUUUUGGAGCUGCAAAAGGACUUGCAUUUCUCCACAAUGCUGAAAGGCCGGUUAUCUACCGUGACUUCAAAACGUCUAAUAUAUUGUUGGACUCGGAUUAUACAGCAAAGCUUUCUGAUUUUGGACUAGCAAAAGCAGGACCACAAGGUGACGAAACCCAUGUAUCCACUCGAGUCAUGGGUACAUAUGGUUAUGCUGCCCCUGAAUAUGUAAUGACUGGCCACCUGACGGCUAGGAGUGAUGUCUAUAGCUUUGGUGUUGUUCUUUUGGAGCUCUUAACGGGGAGGAAAUCAGUUGACAAGACCAGACCUGGCAAGGAACAGAGCUUGGUAGACUGGGCAAGGCCAAAGCUAAAUGACAAGAGAAAGCUGCUACAGAUAAUUGACCCUAGAUUGGAGAAUCAAUACUCAGUGAGGGCUGCACAAAAAGCGUGUAGCUUGGCUUAUUACUGUUUAAGUCAAAAUCCCAAAGCGAGGCCCUUAAUGAGCGAUGUGGUUGAGACAUUAGAACCCUUACAAAGUUCCAGAGUUAGUGCAGGUGAAGUCUCAUUAUCUGGAUCAAAUAGUGUGACUGCUGGGCCUUUCGCCAUGAACAAAAUCUCUGACUACCGUAUGCGUCAAAGGUUCUCAAACAAUGUUGGUCCUGGUGCUACGUGUCGAUCUCCAAACCCAAAUUGUUCACCAGGUGCCCCUGCAGCACUACGGGUGAGAUGAUAAAUCUCAUGCAUCAUAAAAACCCUGUCUUCUUGGUGUGCUUCUCGAACCUUCACUUAUCUCAAGAAAUAGUAGUUGUUAAAAUGUGGGUGCAUCCUUGUUUUUGUUGCUUUGUAUAUGAUAAUGUGACAAGAAAUUAGCCCGGUGCAUAAUUUUUGUAUGGAUGUUUGGGCUUGUGUUAAUGUGGGUGGGAAAAUUAUUGUGUGGAAAUCUGUGUAGUUGUAAUGAUGGUGGCAUCAGAACUAAUGUAACUGGCUCCUCCUCACAUCAUCAGCAGUGGAAGAGAAAGACUACCCAAACACGCAAGUACCUAAUGAUGUAUUUUAUUGGAGAUUAUUAGGGAAACUGAGGGUAAGAAGAGACAAUCAUAGUUAACAUUUCUAUAUCAUCCUGUCUCUUGAAGUGACUAAUUCGUAUUUUAAAAAAAUAAAGAUGGAGGGUCAUUUUCAACCUUUUUAA